AUGGCAGCAGCGAUCGAUGACUCGUGCAGGAGGCCAGGCUCGAUCCCGUUCAAGUGGGAGAUCUGCCCGGGGACGCCCAAGCACGUCAGGAGCAGCAGCGCCAGCGCAGCACCUUCAUCGUCGCCAUACUCCACCUCCUCCGCCGCCGCCGCCACCGUCUCCAAGGUGGCGGUGUCCCCGAAGCUGACGCCGCCGCCGGCCAUGUCGCCGUCGCCGUACCAUUCCCCGCGCGUCUCCUACUACUCUUCCGCGGCGGCGCGCUCGGCGUCCGUGUCGCCGUCCCGGCGCCGCCCGGCGCCGCAGCACCGGCCCACCGCCUUUCUCGACGUCAACCCCCGGGUCGCCCCCGCGUACCGCGCCGGGUAUGUUGACGACGACGAGGCGGCGGCGCCGGCCAGCAGGUGCUUCCCGCUCCCCGUGUUCCGGAGGCGGGACGGCAGCAGGAAAGGUGGCCGGCGGUCGUCCGGGACCGGGACGACGUCGGGGUCGGGCUCCUCGUCCGCGAGCAGCUUCUGGUCGGACUACGGCGGCGCGCUGCCGGUGCCAGGUGGGCUAAGGCGGUCGGUGUCGACGUCCUCGUCGUCGUCGUGCCUGUCCCUGUCGUCCAGGAGUAGCGGUAAGUUGGCCGAGGCCAGGGAGGUGGAGGCCGCCGGUGGCUGGUUCUACUGA